AUGGCUGAAGAUGAAGAUUUUCCAGGUCGCCUGUUACAUCAGGUAAAUUAUUAUAAUAUUAUAAAUAAUUUACAAGUCGUCAAACAAUUAGAUAUAAUACAUAACAUAAGAACUGCUUUAAUUUUUUAGGUAGCAUUAUGGGACAAUAUAGACUUCUUAACUGAUCUCCUCAAAGAUGAAGAACAUAAACAGUUCAUUAACAGCCGUGAUUCAUGGGGCCGUACAGCUCUUCAUGCAGCUUGUUCAAAUGAAGGUUCUGAAUGUUUAGAAAUACUACUUAAUGCUGGUGGUAAUACUUCAUAAUUUGAUGCUAUAAACAGCUGGUGCUUUCCUAAGAAUUAAUUUAUAUUUAUUUUACUUUAGCUCUUGUAGAUACCCCUUGUGGGCCACGAGGUGAUUCCAGGGUAUGUAAAUUUCAAAGUAUAAGUCAUAAUAACUUAAAAGAUUUUAAAUUGUCCUAUACCCCCUGCUGAGAAUACAAAUUAAAAAUAUCCAUCUAUUACAUAUAUAACUUGUGUUAAAUAUUUUAAAAUACCCUAGUUGUUUUAAGAUUUUAUAUUAGGUAUUAGGGUAAAGAAAAAGAAUAUAUUGUAAUUGAAUUAAUUUUUGCAUAUUUACAGACAGCACUACAUAUAAGCGCACAUAUUGGAUGUCCAAAAAAUAUUCAAACGCUUUUAAAUUACAAUGCAAAUUUAAUGUUACAAGAUUCUAAUGGAUUUACUGCUCUUGAUAUAGCCCUUAAUGAAGAAAAUACUGUUUGCAGCAAAUUACUUAAAGAUGCUUCAGGUAAUUUUAUUAAUAAAUUUCUAUUUUGAGUUUUAAAAAAAAAAAAUGUUCAACAUUCAUUAAUAUUAAAAUUACUUGUGAAGUAGAUAGUGAUCCUACAAUGUGAUAUUUUAUAGACUACAGAUAUUUAAUAAUUUAGUGUUAACAUUCAUAAAUAUUUUAAUCCCAAUUUUUUUCUUGAAAUCGAUUUUCAAAGAUAUAGGUAACUAUAAUUGUAUGUUAUAUGGUUCUGUUACGUCACCAAUAAAAUUUUAGAACUUCAUAUAUUUAAAUAAAAAAAUUAUUUAAUUAAAUCAUUAGUUAGUAAAAAAAACUUGAUUAUCUUACUUUUUAUUUAAUUGUUAUAUAGAUUAUGCAAUUAAAUUUAAUUAUUUUAAAUAGCAAAUUGAUAAAUAAAAAGUCACUACUAUAGAACAUGCAUUGGUUUGUUCUUGCUAAAUCAAAUAAGUGCUUUAGAAGUUCCUUAAUAAUAAUCUAUUCCAUUGAUAUAUGGUUCAUUAUCUACUCAAUUAUUUAUAUGAAUAUUUUAAAAUUAGGCUAUUCAUAUAAUUAAUUCAAUUUCUUUUAGACAUUUUCUUCGUAAGAAAAAUAUUGAACUAGAAUCGGCACUCAGUCAAAAUAUGGUCAAAUACUAAGAAUUAAAUUUGUCAUAAUAUGAUCAAUUGUUACAUAAAUAAAAUGUAUAUAUUUUACAAAUAUAAAUAUUUUAUUUAUGUAAAGAUUCUGAUAUCAAUAGUCCUACUUUAUUUUGAACUACAUAUGGAUAUUUUUAAAAAUAAAAUAAUUUACAAUUAUAGAUAUAAUUAAAAUAAUGUGAUUAUGAAUUAAAAUAAAAUGUACAAAUUGAAUAAAAUUAUAUACAUUUUGAUUUAAUUUAAAAAUAAAAUGAAUGUCAAAGUUUAGAUUGAGUGUAUCAUAGAAGCUAUCAGUUUUAUUAAGAUGUGUUAAAUUUACUAGUAGCAGUUUCUAGAUUCUGAGUGGAACAAGGAAUGUAUUGGUUUUACAAUGAUGUGUUUUUUUUUCUUCUGUGGACAACUUUUCUACCAGCAGUUUUGAUCCAAUUUACAAUGAUAGUACUUUUUCUGAAAGGAAAUCUAACUGGAGUGGUACUUUAGGGAGGUUAUUUUAUGAAUUUACCAGGAGUUUUCAUAAUAAAUGCAAAAAAAAAAACGGGAAAAUCACUAAUAAUAUUAAACAAAUAUUAUUAAUGAAAAUAUAGUAUAACACAUAUGUAAUAAUUUUACCAUGAUAUGAUGUAUGUUUGUUGUUGACAAAGCAACACUAUCAACCGAACUCCAAUCAGAAUAAAUUUUCAUGUUAGCAAUGGUUAAUUGUUGUGUACAGAUAUAUAUUAAAUUCCCCCUCUACUACCUCCCUAACUUCUCACCUAUAACAGUGGCCUACCCACCUACAAAGUAUGUCCGUUUUGUUUAAACACUUUUAUUAAAGAAGUUUUGCCAAAGAAACUUCAAACCAUUCAAAAAUCAAUGAUUUUAAUGCUGAAGAUAAUGGUGCAAUGACAUUUUUUGGAAAAAAUUAUUUAUAUAAUAUGUACAAAUAUGUAUAUGUGUCAAUAUGUAUAAUACAUGGAACAAACAAUUUCUGUUAUAGGGCUCACUAUGCCUGUUGAUUUCACUUGCUGACUAGUAAUGCUUUGAGGGGCUCUUCGGCUACCCUUUACCUGGGGAGGGGGGAAUACCACUGACUUUUCAAACUUGAACUAUUGCAAGUAUGAUAGUGCCUAAAAUGUAAACCUUAACAUCACUUUACAACCCACGGCUUCUUGACAAUCUCCAUUCACAUACUCAUGUUGGAUUUGCAUAACCAUAAAAACUUCAAACAACCUUCGAAAAUCUAUAACUUUUAUAUUAGUUUUAUUGGAUUUAAAAUGAUGUUAAUUAAUUUUUUUUUUUUGUGAAUAACAUUUCUACAAGGAAUUUUGUUCUAAUUUUCAAGUGUAACACUUUCUGAGUGGAAAUUUAACUGGUGCAGUUCUUUAAGAAGAUCAUUUUUUUGAUUUCCCAAAGAUUUUUCGCAAUAAAUGAGAAUAAAUGAAAAAAUUCACGAAAUGUAUUGUUUUCAAACCGUAAGAAUUAUGGUUUUUGAAAAUAUAUAUAUAUAUUUAUUUAUUUAUUUAAAUUAAUAUAGAAAGAUUACUGGUCCUCACUGAAAAAAACUCGUGUGGAGGCCCAGGGUUAUCAUAGUUUAUAAAUAAUUCUGAUACAGGUGCAAAUUAAAUUUUUAAAUAAAGACAAAUUUAUUAAACAUAUUUAUUUACAAAGUUAUUUAAUAUAUUACAUAAAUUAUUUAGUUUUAGACAUAGCAUAUUCAUAUUGGAGUCAGGGGGGAAUUUUUUUUUUUUUUUUUAAUGUAUAGUGGCAUAUUAGUUAAAUACCUGAGUCCCCAGAAAAUCAAAAACUUUUCGACAACUAGUUUUUGUUGGCCAGUCUAAUGCAAAAUUACUGGUUGCAUAUAUAAUCGAACAUCGCCCAGAAUUGUUUUUCGUUAACAAUGAUUAAUCAUUGUCUACAAAUAUACAUUAAAUUUCCCCUCUAGCAAUUUUUUAUCGUUGCUUACAGAUACAAACUAAUUUCCCCUCUAUGUCCUAAAUUCCUAACUUCUUACCAAAAACAGCUGCAACCAUCAUGCAAAGUAUGUCUGUCUUUUUAAUAAUAGUUUCUAUAAAAAAAUCAAACAUUUGGAGAAUCAAGGUCGGUAAACAUGGUAAACACGGUAAACAUUUAAAUAAAAAAAUGGAUUGGUGAAGUAGAUGUAUGCAUGGUUUUAGAUUCUAAGCAUAACGAGACAUCUAUUGGAUUAACUAUGUGUGUUUGUUUUUAUUAUUAUAUUCUGUUGAUAUUAAAAACGCAUGAACGCUUAACUUUUUCAAUUCUGAGCAGACUGUAGAAUGUCCAAUACAUUCCUUUAAUAUGUGUGCUUUUUUUCCAUAUGACUUAUUUAUUCUAACAGAAAAAUUUCUCCAAUCGAAAAAUGCCAAGAGAACAUUAUUGUUGUAUUUUGAAUCUGAUUGGUUGGUAAGUAAGUCAUUUUUUGAUUUUCCGUCCAAUUUCUAGGAAAUUCGGGAAUAUUUACAGCAUUGAUGGUUUUGUUAUUUUCGAUUUUGAUUUUUCUUGUAAAUUGGUUAACAAUUAUUGUAGAAAACUGAAAUUUUCACCGAAUACUUUUAAAAGAAUUUACUAGACGUGGUAAAGUGUUCAAUACAUUUUUCGCUUAUUUAUAGGCAUUUUAUAUUUCUAAGUUAUUUUAUGUAAUUUUUAUUUCGGUAUUCUGUGGAUAAAAUAAUUUAAUAAAACAUAAAUGAUUGAAAAUUUAAAUUUUAGGUUCAUUAUAAAUUUUUUUUAUAGUCUGUUUAAGAUCAAAUUUUGAUGAAAAUUGUAAAAAUUCCUACUUUUCAUAACAUGAUUUUUGAUCACAAUGAUUUAUCUUUGCUUUCAGUAUAUAAAUUAAAUCAACUUAUAUCAUAGAUUUCUAAUUUUGUUGAUUAAUGUGUGAUUCACAAACUAAGAUAGAUCUUAAUUUGUGAUGUAACAAUAAUAUAGAAAUAACUAAGUUAAGACCUUAAUAUUAUUGUAAUGUAGGUUUUGUCUAUUUUAUGCAAUCUUACUUGAAAUUGAAUAACCUUAAAAUUAACAAUAACUACUUAGUCAUUUUUGUUAUGUAAUUCAAUCAAUGUCAAGAGUUAAAACUAAUACCGUGUCAAAAAUUAUUUUUCAUACAGUUGAUUGCAUUAAAAUACUUCGCCGUGAAGAAAUUGUGCAAAAGAGUUUUCUUUUUCAACAAAAUAACAUUUUCAAAAUAUUUCGUGUUUCAUGUUAAACAUUUUUUAUGUGUAUUGAAAUAUAUUAGGCAUAAUAUUGCACUUUUUUUAUAUAUAUUUUUGUAGUUACCUAAUAUCCCUGCUGUUUACCCUAUCUUUAUACUGUAAAUAGUAUUUAUAAACAUUUUGAAAAUACCUAGGUGUACAAAAAAUAUUUCAUAGUAAAUAUAUGAAUAUUAGUCCACUAAGAUAUGUAAGCUAUAAUAAGUUUUACAUUUUUACAACAAUGAAUAGUACCUAUAUAAUAAUAAUUGGAAUCUAGGUUUAAAUUUAUCUGACAAGGUCCUAUGUCCAUGCUAAAUCAGUCACGGCACGUUUAUACAGCAUUAUAGAAAUUUCUAUUAUUAUAUUAUUUCCCUACUUUAGUCAUACCAAUUCCAAACAUUUUACUAGUACAUUACAAUAAAAAAAAAUCAUUAAUAUCAUGUGUCAUUAAACUAGAAUAUUGCGUGUUUGCAAUGAUCCAAAAAUGUUUAGUUGGUUGAUCCCAAGUGGUCCAUUUACAAACAAGUGUUUAAAACCAAAAACUGGGAUAGAUACUUGCAGUUAUUUUAUUAAUAAAACACAUCAAUAUGGUAAGGUUUUGUGUAUUACACAAGCAAAUUUUUAGCAGAAAUAUGUUGUUGUUUUUUUACUUUGGCAUUUUUAAUAAAACAUAAAUUUAAAACUGAGUUACAAUUUUAUUUACAUUAAACAUAUUAUAUUUUAAUGUUCUUAAUGUUUUUAUCUGUGUAUUUAUUAUAGAUUUUUGGGAAGAGUCUCAGAACACUGUUCAUAUGGCAUUGCGAGAUGCUAUUUGCAGAGGAGAUUUUAGUGCAACCAAGACUAUAUUGUCAGAACUUAAAGAAGAGUUCAAAGAAUUUAUUGUUAAUAUGGCACCUAAUGGAAGUACCACCUUGUUGUACUGGUAUAUUAUUUAUAAUUGCUUUAUAAUUUAUACCUAAUAUUACUAUUUCUAUUUUUAUAAAAAUAUAUUAUAUGUAAAGUAAUAUAUAUUUCUUAGUGCUUGUGAAGUGGGUAGAAAAGACAUAGUAAAAAUGUUACUUGAUCAUAAGGCUGAUGGAAGAAUACAUCCAAUUACUCGGUAUUCUCCUCUUUACAUAGUUGCAUUUAAAGGAAAAAAAGAUAUUGUCGAAAUUCUUCUCAAGGUACUAUUAAUGUAUAAAAAUAGUCAUGCUUUAUUUCUAAUUUAUUAUCUUUAUUGAAAUUUCAGAAAUUUCCUGAUCUUAUUCGACAAACUACUGUAGAAAAAUGGUUGCCAAUUCAUGCGGCAUGUAUAAAUGGAAAUAUUCAAGUUUUAGAACUUCUACUAAAAUAUCCUUAUCCUCCUAAUACAUUAAUAAAAUUGAGGUGUUUAUAAAUAUAAUAAGUUUCAUUUAUAACAUUAUUCAUUUUUAAUUAAAAAUUUGAUUAUAGGAAAGACAUUUGGGAAUUUGAUGUUCCAUUUGACAUAAAUACAAAAGAUGUCAAUGGUCAAACAGUAUUGUACCUUGCAUGUCUCUUAGGCAACUCAAAAAUUGUAGACUUACUAUUGAAGUACCAAGUGAAAGCAAUAAAAGUAUAAAUAAAAAAUAAAAAUUUAAAAUGUGUACUAAUUAUUAAUUGUUGUGUAACCUAUAUAUUCAGAUUUGUGCUUCUGAUGGAACUUCUACAAAAGAUGAUAAUAAUGAUAUAUCAAAACGUAGCCGUAUUUCAGAGGGUAUACAAUCAAUAGUUUCUAGGCUCAGAGGAAGUCUGACAAAAGAAAUUGACUUAAAUGAGAAAAGCUUAAAACCUAUAGAAGUAAAUAUAUAUUGCAACGAUGAAGCCCCAGAAACGGCUCUUCAUGCUGCAGUACGGAAUGGAUGUAAGGAAAUUGUUGAAGCAUUAUUAGAUAAUCAUGCCAGUCCUAAUUUGCUUACUUUACAACCAAGCAUUGAUUACAAAGUAAGUGUUUUAUAUAUAUAUUAAAUAUAAAUUUGUUUACACAUUUUAUUUAAAACAGCAAAAAGAUGAUGACAUUCGUGAAGCUGGUUGUUCUCCUCUGACUUUAGCAUGUAGUAAAGGUGAUACAUCUAUAGUUGAAUUGUUAUUGAAAAGUGGGGCCAGAGAUGAUGAAUGCAAAGCUCUUGCAGCAGCAAUGAUGAGUAAAAACCAACAUUUAAUCACAACGCUACUUGGAACCAAAUCAUUUGCUGAUCCUGAACACAAAAUCAAUAAAAAAUCUAUGACGGAUAAUAUUGUUUCACAAUUUGGCGGUUUAUCAAGUUUAACUUACAGUAACAUAUUUCCUAGUACUCCGGUUAUGAUAAAUUGGCAUAGUCAAAGGUGUAAACUUGAAAACAUAAAAUCACAAUGGCUGGUUAGAAUAUGUUUUAUUAUUAUGGUGAUAAAUGUAUGUUGCCCAUGUAUUUUGUUUAAAUAAUUGUUUUUUAUUUUUAGAUUGAUGCUGCUCUUCAUAUGAAUCCUAACCUGAAAAGAAAUCCUAAUGGUAAAGAAAUUGUUUUGUUUGCCAUAACUAGAUUAGAUAUAUCAAAUAAUUCACUUACACGAGUGCCAGCCAUCAUUUUUCAAUUGCAAAGUCUCAAAUAUUUGAAUUUAGCUCAAAAUAAAAUUGAAAAGUUACCUGAUCCAAAAGAUAUAAAUCAAGUAACCUCUCCUACAAGCAUCAAAAUAUCUAAAAUAUAUAAGGCUAUCUAUACGGCUAAUGUUCUAGAAGAACUUUAUUUACAAGUAUGUGAUGUCAAAGUUGUUAUACUAAAUGAGUUUGUUUAAUUAACUAUGAAUAUUACAACCAAUAUAGGACAAUAGGUUAGAUAAAAUUCCUGAAGAACUAUUCAGACUACCUUCAUUGACUACACUUGAUUUAUCUAAUAACAAGCUUCAUUCUAUACCUUUUCAAAUGUGGCGUGCUCCUAAAUUAAAAGACCUCAACAUGUCUUUCAAUUUGAUAAAAGAACUUCCAUAUGCUCAAUCAGAAGAUGAAGCCAGAAGUUUACGAGAAAAAUCAGUUGGAAGAAUUCCUAUAUUGGAUAAGGUCUAUGAAGUUAAAAAAAUUAAUGUCAGUGAUGUUGAUGAGUAUGUUUAAAAAUAUUUUUGUGUACAACAUAAUUUUCUUUAAAUGAAAUUUAAUAUUUAUUAUUUUAGAAACAUCUUAUUAAUUCAUCAUAAUGUUUGGAAUCGCACUAUUGAAAUUAUGGAACAAAUUGUGAGAAGUGAUGAUACUUCAGAAGUUAAAUCAAAUAGUUCACAGUUAUCAUCGUUGAACUUAUCACAUAAUAGAUUUAGCUCCAUACCUCCUGUACUAUCAUGUUUAGCUGUAAACUUAACACGACUCAAUAUGUCGUAUAAUUGGUGAAAUAUGAGUUAUAAUUAUAUUUUUAAUUCAAUCUUAUAACUGUAAUACUCAAUUUUAGUUUAAGAACAAUGAGUUAUAUUACAUCAUACCCAAGUUCACUGAAGCAGUUAGAUCUUAGUCACAAUAAAAUAUGUUUUUGGCCUAGUUUACCACAGAUAAAUCUAGAAGAAGCUACACCUGAAGAAAAUCUAUUAUGUUAUAGAUUGGAAACCGGGCAAGUUCCCAAGUCAACUGUACCUUCAAAAAUACGAACUAGUGAGUUUGGAAACCAUAUAUAUAUAUAAAAAAAAAUGAAUAGCAAAACAAAACAAUUACAUUUAAAAUCAAAACAAUAUAGGUAGGAGAAUGUCAUUAAGAGCAAGUAUUUUAAACCGGGUAUGUUCACACAGACGACAUUUAAGACUUGAAAAUUUAAGGACACUUAUGUUGGCUGAUAAUUGUAUGGAUAGAAUUCAAUUAUCAACUGAUGAUGAUGGAUUAUCUUCUGUUUCAAAUGAUUCAGCUGAUGAAUUAGAUGACUGGGUAUUAAAUAUUCAUAUUUAUUAUUUAGUGUCAACACAUUAAAUUUAUUAACUUCCGAUAUUAAUUUCUGUAGGAUACAGGAGCCACAGUAUUGGGACAUUCAAAAUCUAAAUUAAUUUUUCCUAAUUUGAGUAUGUUAGAUUUAAGUAACAAUCAAUUAAAAGAAAUUCCUUCUAACAUAAAUGAACUUAUUAAUUUGUCUGUCUUAAACAUUAGUGGAAAUAAAGGUAAGCAUUAUAAUUUUAGUAUAAAAAUUAUUGUUAAUAUAUAAUAUAUUAUUAUAUCUUCCCAGAUAUAAUAGAACUACCUUCACAAAUGGGUCUAUUAUCACGAUUGUGGAAUCUAAACACUAGAGGGUGUAGCUUACAGGAACCACUUAAAUCCAUGAUUGACUCAAAUAAGUAUAAAACUAUGGAUGUUAUUGGUUACUUAAAGUCUGUUCUUGAAGAUGCCAAGCCAUACGCACGCAUGAAGUUGAUGAUUGUUGGAGUUCAAGGAAUAGGAAAAACAUCUUUAUUAGACCAACUCAGACAGGAAGGCACAGGAAAUUACAAAAAAAAACCUGUGGAUGUAAGAUAUAAAAAUGAAUGAGUAUUAACUUAUACUUAUUCAUUAACUCAUAAUAUUUUACUAAUUGUAACAUUUUUUUUUUCAUAGCAUUGGGCAAAACGAAUGGGAAAUAAAAAUAUUAAUCAAAAAACAAGUAAAGGGACAAAUAUUUCAACAGUUGGCGUUGAUAUUGGUGAUUGGGUGUAUGAAAAGAAAAUCAGAGGCAAUUCACGAUAUGGCCCAGUUAUGUUUAGAACUUGGGAUUUUGGUGGUCAAAAUGAAUACUAUGCCACACAUCAAUACUUUCUAUCAAAACGAAGUUUAUACAUUGUAGUUUGGAAAAUUACAGAUGGUCAUAGAGGAAUCGCAGAAAUCUUACAAUGGCUAGUCAACAUACAGGUAAUAGAAAAUAUUUAAAUCAAAAUUAAUAAACCAAAACUAACUUUUUUUACAGGCUCGUGCGCCAAAUUCUCCAGUCAUUAUUGUUGGUACACACUAUGAUGUAGUAAGCACCAAGUCCCCUGAAUAUCAUUCAGAACUAUUACAACAAUUAAUUAGAGAUCGGUUUAUCAACAUAGUAGAUGCAGAAAAAUAUGGUUUACCUAGAGUUUUGGAUACAAUUGAAAUUAGUUGUAAAACAAAACAUAACAUAAAACUCUUAUGUAAUAUUAUUUAUGAUACAGUAUUCAGUCUUAGGCCCCCUGGUAAGAUAAUAAUUAUUAAAUAUUUGUAUUAUUUUUAUAUUUAAAAUGGGUAAAAUAUAAAAAUAUCCAACCAAAACUGAUUUAUUAAUUUAUCAAACUGUAGUAUAUAAAUUUUAAUUUUAAUUUUUAAGAACUAUUUAAGAUUUAUAAUAAUAAACAAAAGAGAUAUAAAAUUAAAUGACUAAUUUUCAAAAUUACAUUUUUAAAAAAAAUCUAUAAAUAUUAAAAUUUUAAAGAAAAAAAUAUUAAUUAAAUGACAAAACUGCAUAAUUUGACAAUCUAUAAAAUAGCACACAUCAAAUUUAAUUUCUAAGAAUAAAAAAUGUAUUGAAAAUAAAUAUAUUUAAAUUGGAAAAAAAAUCACUAAUCAAAUUUUCCUAUUUUGUAUUAUAAAAAUAUUCAUUGGUAAAAUUAUAAAGAACCAAAUUUUAUAAUAAUACAAUACUAUACCUACUGAAAUUAAAUAACUCAGAAAAUUGUAAAAUUUUAUUAUAGAAAUGAUAGGGGUAGAGAUUGAAAAUUGAAACCCAAUAAAACACAUCCUUGAUAUUAAUUCCACGCAUUUACAGACUGUUAUCAUCCUAGCUUCAUUUAGGGGAUCUGAAAGAAUGUCAAAGCACUCACCUCCUUCAACAACUGUGGUAUUCAACCAAACUCUUAAUUACUUUAAUUUGCUUAUAAAUCAACAAUAAUUUUUGAGUUAUUUGGUCCAGAGAAAGCCAUUAAAAGUGUAGCAGAAAUAACAUAUAUAUAUUUUAUUAUAACAGAAAGAUUUCAACUUUUUCAAAGAAAAUUUGACAAAACAAAAAUUAAUUUAAUAUAUUUAGUUUUUAAAUUCAAUUGACUAUUUUAAUUUUCAAUGUAUUUUAUAGGAAGUAAAGAACUUCUAUUAGAACAAAGAGUCCCAGCAACAUAUUUAGCACUAGAAGAUAUUGUGAGUCAUAUUGGAUCUGAAAGACGACAAGCCGGGUUGGAUCCUGUAUUAAACUUGGAUCAAUUUAAAACUGCAGUGAAUGCAGAAAUGUUUUCUAGAUAUCAUAAAUCUUUUCGAGAUAUGGCUGAACUUAAUCAAGCUAUACUAUUCUUGCAUGAAAAUGGUUUGCAAUUGAUUUAUAAUUUAUGAAUUUGCAAAAAGAAUUAUUUAUUUACAAUGAAUUGUUCUUAUUAUUAGGUGUUUUACUCCAUUAUGAUGAUGCAACAUUAAAGGAUCUCUACUUUUUAGAUCCACAGUGGUUAUGUGACAUGCUAGCACAUGUUGUAACAAUUAGGGAAAUUAAUCCUUUUGCUCGUUCAGGAAUAAUGAAAUUGGAUGAUUUGCAAAUUGUGUUGAAAUCAUCAACUUGUACAAGAGAAUAUAUUGUUAAUUUGCUCAAUAAAUUUGAAGUAGCAUUAACUUGGGAUAGUAGAUCUUUAUUAAUACCAUCUCUUUUACCGUCUGAAGAAGAUAUGUGUAAUCAAAAAGCACAACCAGUGUCUAUUAAAGUACCUGUUAAAUCAAAAACCCGUAUUUUACGUACUAGAACUUCAAGUCAACCAAUGUUAGAUUUAAUUGAUAUUGGAGAACAUAUAACUAGUCGUUCAGAUCCAGAAGUUUCUGUACACCGUCUGUUACUUAUGUCAUAUUUUCCAUCAGGCUUCUGGUCUCGAUUAAUCACUCGAAUACUUGGCGACGAUACAAUAGUCAGUGUGAUAAGACAAUUUUUUAUGCCAACAGAAGUGAAUGGUGAUGAUUUUAUGUGCACAGAUUUCCAAACACACUUUGAUUGGGUUUUAUGGCAAACUGGAAUUGAGCUGAAAUUUGCUAAUAAAAUUACAUUAUUUCGCAUGAAAGAAGUACUGCAUCGUAGUUUUCCCAUAAAUUAUAGAUACCUGAGAUUUCAAUUGUAUCAGGAAAAUGCUUGGUUUGAUGUGCCAAUGAAAACAUCUUCCAUUCUCGAAACUUAUUUACCCUUAGAUACAGUAAUUAUAAAAAGACCAAUAAAAAAUAAAGAUGAAGAAGACAUAGGGUUCAGAGCUAUUGUGUUGGACCCUUCUCCUGUACAGGCAGCAAAAUUAUUAGCUUUGGUAGUAGAUCACAUAGAUGUGUUGCUAGAAGAUUGGUAUCCAACUUUAGGUACUAGAUUUGUUCAUACGUCUGAAGGAAAAUGUUUAGUAACUAGACUUGUUCCAUGCCCAAGAUGUUUAGCAGGAAAUGUAGAAACCGAGAAUAUUUCAAUUGAUAUGAAAUAUGAUGAUGGUAAAAUAGAACAUAUUUCCAAAGAGUUUUUAAAAAGAGAUCUAGACAGUAAAAACAUUGUGCGUAAAUCACAAGAAAGUUAUAAUGGUUCUGAUGGAGGUGAUAGUGGGGUUGGACAUGAUGUCAGUCCACAGUCAAGUAGAAAAGUAUCUGUUGAUGGUCACCCUUUAAUCUCAGAAGAUCAAGUUGAUGGCGAAAUACAUUAUGGUUGGAUAGUGGAAGACUGUAUUCUAGCAGCAUCUUCAGUUGAUAAACUCUGUGUUGUAUGUCCCAAGCAUGGAGACUUACCUUUGGCACAAGUAGCUCCUGAUACGGUAUGAUUUUUCUAUAAUCAUUAAAAUAGGUGAAAUCUAUUUUUUAAAUAUACAUACACAUUUUCUAGGUUUUUUUAGAUUUGGGGGAGGAACUAGUUAUUAAAGACGAAGAUAUUAUUCGAGGAAAAUUAUUAGGUCGUGGAGCAUUUGGGUUUGUUUUCAAGGGAGUAUGUAAAGGAAAAAAGCCCAAUCAUACUUUACAAAUUGCUAUUAAAAUGCUCCAACCUGUACCUCCAGGACUUAAUGCUAGUCAAUCUGCUGUUAUAGCUUUUAAAGUAAGUUUGUUUAAAUUAUUUUUGUUGUAAAUAAUUAUAGUAUUUUGGCAUUUGUACAGGGAGCACAAACAAAAUGGGAUAGAGACCCUCUCCAAUAUACCUGCAAAUCGUAUUGUAGUGCUAGACAAGAACUAAAUAUAAUGCUAAAUUUGAAACAUCCAAAUAUUGUUCCUCUAAUUGGUGUUUGUACAAAACCAUUAGCACUUAUUCUUGACCUUGCACCAAUGGGAGCAUUGGAUCAGAUUUUAAGAAACUAUCGAAGAUCAGGUUCAAAAUUUGACCCUCAUAUACUACAACAAAUUGUUUUUCAAAUUGCAAAAGCACUAGAAUAUUUACAUCAGCAACGGAUUAUUUAUAGAGACUUAAAAAGUGAAAAUGUGCUUGUUUGGUCUAUCCCAGUACCACUCCAAGAUCCUUACGCAAUAAACACACAUGUUAAAAUGGCAGAUUAUGGUGAGCAUAUUUAUUUAUAUUAUACAAUAUUAAUAUAUUAUCAUGAUUAUUUUGUUUUUUUCAAAAAUUAUUUUACAGGAAUUAGUCGCCUGUCUUUACCGUCUGGCACUAAGGGAUUUGGAGGUACAGAAGGUUUUAUGGCUCCAGAAAUAAUAAAAUACAACGGUGAAGAAGAGUAUACUGAAAAAGUUGACUGUUUUUCAUUUGGAAUGUUUAUUUAUGAACUGAUCACAAUGCAUCAACCAUUUGAAAGUCAUGAAUCUGUAAAAGAAAGUAUUUUAGAAGGACACCGACCUGCAUUGACUUAUAGAGUAAGAAAGUCUUAAAUAAUAGUGUGAAUAAUUAUUUUUUAAACGUUCUGCACUGAAUUAUUACAACAUUUUACCAUUAUCAUUCUUAUAGGAAACAGCAUAUCCAAGUUAUUUACUUGAUUUAAUGGCAGUAUGCUGGUCACAAAGUCCAAAAGAUCGCCCUUCAGCAAGUCAAAUUGUAUCUAUAGUAUCAGCUCCCGAGUUUACUCAUCUUUAUGAUGUUGUAUCGCUUAGUCAUUCAGCUGAUGUAAUAUCUUGUACUCGAGUACCAUUACCACUUAGUAUGUAUAAAGUAUAUAUUAUUUUCACAAAUGAUUUAUCAAAUAAUUGUUAUUGAAUUACCAAAUUUCAUCUAAUGUAAAAUGUAUGUAGUUAAUUUUUACUAAAAUAAUUUGAACAAGAGUUGAUUCUGCUGAUGGAUAGAAAAAUGGGAAAGUAGAAUGCAUAGUUAUUUAAUUUAUAUCUGAAAAUAACAAUAAACCAUUGCUAACAAAAAAUAAUUCUGAACCAAAUCUAAAUAAUUUUCUCUGGACCCUUUCAACCAUUAUCCUUAGAAAAAGAUGGAUAGGUUCCUAAAAACCAAAGCAUAUUCAAUUUUAGGUUAAACAGUAAAGUAUCUUGAGGGGGGUUGAUGUGUUUAUCCAAAUAAAAUUUAAAAAAAAAAUAAAUUCAUUAAAUAUAUUUGCAUAUCAUAUGGUCCCAAAAAAUGUAUUUGUGGAUAAAUUCUAUAAUAAGAGCAAAUAAAGAAUCAACAUUUUAAUUUGUAUUUACAGGUGAAGAUAAUGAGAAUAGUGGUAAUGAAAUAUGGUUACCUUGUUCUAAUGGAAAACUGGAUAGAUUAGCAUUUAGCAAUACCAAUUGGUUUCAUUAUAGAAGUACUAAUGUUACACAUAAAAUUACAGCUAUUUGUACUGUAGAUGAUCACAGUGUUUGGUUGGGAGAUGCUGAAGGACAGAUUCAUGCUUACUCGUAAACUACAAUUUUCUUUUGUCUAAUUAAUAAUUAUUUAACUGAUUCUGAUAUUUCAAUUAUAGGAGCAAUGAUAGUGAAUGUGUGUUUAGCUACUAUUUGAUACCAGAAGAUCAAAAAGUUGGAGUAAAGUGUAUAGUGACCCUAAAAGACAGACAUAUGGUUGCAAUAGGUUUAGAAAAUGGAAGAAUAUUUCUUGUGCGAAGCGAUAUUUCACCCUUAGCUCCGACCAUGGGAGAAGGCAGUUUUGUUAUGAGUGAACUUGGAAGUUCCACUGUUUUAUUUGAUUUUAUAGCUGUCGACAGUAAUAAGUAUGCUUAUACUCAAAUUAAAUUCUUUAGUUACAAUACAUGUAUACAAUUUAUAUUAGGACUUGUGAACUAUGGUGUGGAGAAAAUCAAGGUCAAAUAUCUGUAUAUACUAUAAAACAAAACGUGGCCAUAAAUUAUGAAGUUCUUGAACAUUUUAACCUCACAGGUUUUGACACUCAAGUUAUGUCAUUAAGCACGUCUCAUGGUCAUAAUUUAGUAUGGUCUUAUGUACAUCCAGGUUAGUAAAAAUACUUAAUUCAAGUAUUAAAAAAUGAUGGUAAUUUUAUUUUUUAUUUUUCACGCUGUAAUUAUUCUUACUUUGCAGGUUGUAUUGUUUAUCAAUGGGAUGUAGUUACCAGGACAAUAUUGAACAAGUUAGAUUGCUCAAAACUAAUACCAUGUUCAGAAAGUCUUAAAUCUAUUAGUAUAGAGGAACGAUUAAGCCCAGGAAAAUGUCAGGUAUUAUUUUUAGAAGUUUAAUUUCAAUUUGAACUCACUAUAAUAGAACUUUCGGAAUUUCAGAUAACUAGUAUAUGUACAGUAGGCGACGAACUUUACUUAGGUACAGCUUGGGGCUGUAUAGUAGUUGUUGAACAAGAUACAGCUAGACCCAUCACUGUGUUUAGACCAUAUGAACAAGAAGUAACGUGUAUGGCUGCUGCUGCUGAAGGUAAUGCAAUUAUAAGUAUUGGUCAUGGGUACAGGAGUUUAUUGAAAAGGUACUUAUCUCAUUGUAAUGAUAUGGCCGAUAUUACUGGUACAACAUUUGCAAUUCUGUGGUCAACUCGUAACUGGAAUGCUUAUUAA